CUCAGCUGGUUCCGCCCGUGGACUGCUGGGACCUCUUGGGCAUGGAUGCCGCCAACCAAUAAUUUUCUGCAAGGAGGUGUAAACUUGCAUUCUGAGACUUCUCGGACCUCUCUGGCACCUAUCAACAGCACUUUUCUUUCUAAGGAACUACUUUGCUCCAUUUUUUGGAAAUAUGCUUGUUUUAAGGACUCCUCUGGCUGGUUACAUUGACGAGUGUUCAUUAUGCUGAAGUUGUGGUGGAAUCUCUGCCCAGUUCUGAAAGCGUUGUGUGCCACGCCACAGUCUGAAUUGUAGUUUAUGCAGUCAUGUUUGUGCGUACAGAAAGGACCUGGUGUCUGUUUGUCAGGCUUAAGAGGUCAUGCCGCGCUACUGUUUUGUCAUAUCUUUCUGGGCAGACGGAGAAACCUCCCACACCUUUUCCUACAUUCCUCAGGCAAUAUGGUUCUGAGGCCAUCAAGGAUGUCGUGGAUAUGUCCCAGUUUCCUGCAGAGAAUAUUAGAAAUUUCAGCAUAAUUGCUCAUGUAGACCAUGGCAAAAGUACUUUAGCAGACAGGCUGUUGGAAAUAACAGGAACAAUUGCCAAAACUGCCCAGAACAAACAAGUGCUGGAUAAGUUGCAGGUGGAGCGGGAAAGAGGCAUCACCGUCAAAGCGCAGACAGCCUCUCUCUUUUAUAACCAGGAAGGAACAAACUACCUUUUGAAUCUCAUCGACACUCCUGGCCAUGUUGAUUUUAGCUACGAAGUAUCGCGAUCGCUGUCUGCUUGUCAAGGUGUCUUGCUUGUCGUGGAUGCCAACGAGGGUAUUCAGGCUCAAACAGUGGCAAAUUUUUAUCUUGCUUUCGAAGCGCAGCUAUCAAUAAUUCCUGUUAUAAAUAAGAUUGAUCUAAAGAAUGCCGAUCCUGAGAGAGUUGAAAAACAAAUUGAAAAGGUGUUUGAUAUCCCCCAGGAAGACUGCAUUAGGAUUUCUGCUAAGCUCGGAACAAAUGUUGAAAGAAUACUUCAGGCGGUUAUUGAAAGAAUCCCCCCGCCGGCUGUUAGUGUUCAUGACCCGCUGAAGGCUCUGGUGUUUGAUUCCACCUUUGAUCAUUACCGAGGGGUCAUCGCUAACAUCGCCCUCUUUGGCGGGGAGGUCCGCAAGGGCCGUAAGAUAACAUCCGCUUACACAAAAAAGACUUACGAAGUUAAUGAAGUAGGAAUUCUGACACCCAGCGAGCGACCAACGCAUAAAUUAUACGCGGGCCAGGUGGGCUAUCUGAUUGCCGGAAUGAAAGAGAUUACAGAAGCCCAAAUAGGAGACACUCUCUAUUUCCAUAACCAACCGGUGGAGCCGUUGCCUGGGUUUAAGUCAGCGAAGUCAAUGGUCUUUGCAGGAAUGUACCCAAUAGACCAGUCGGAAUAUGGCAACCUGAAAAGCGCUAUAGAAAAACUGACCCUUAAUGAUUCCAGCGUGACCGUUCACCGUGACAGUAGCCUUGCCUUGGGGGCCGGGUGGAGGUUGGGUUUCCUUGGCCUUUUACAUAUGGAAGUUUUUAAUCAGCGUUUGGAACAAGAAUACAACGCAUCCGUCAUCUUGACAGCACCCACCGUUCCCUAUAAGGCUGUCCUUUCAUCAGCAAAAUUGAUAAAGGCCCAUGGGGAAGAGGAGGUGACCGUCAUCAAUCCCGCUGAGUUUCCUGAGAAGUCAGCAGUGGUGGAAUAUUUGGAGCCUAUAGUGAUGGGCACCAUCAUAACACCUGAUGAAUAUAUUGGCAAAAUAAUCAAUCUGUGCCAGAGUCGAAGAGCUGUUCAGAAGGACCUGGUGUACAUCGACGAUCAUAGAAUCAUGAUGAAGUAUCUCUUUCCGCUGAAUGAAAUUGUAGUAGAUUUCUAUGAUGCUUUGAAAUCCCUCUCUUCGGGAUAUGCCAGUUUUGACUACGAAGAUGCUGGAUACCAGGCCGCAGAUCUUGUGAAGAUGGAGAUUUUGUUAAAUGGAAAUGCCGUAGAAGAACUGAUAACUAUUGUGCACAAGGACAAGGUAUACAAAGAGGGUAAAGCUCUGUGUGAGCGCUUAAGAGAUAUCAUUCCAAGACAACUGUUUGAAAUAGCGAUUCAAGCAGCAGUUGGAAGCAAAAUAAUUGCAAGAGAAACGGUAAAAGCAUACAGAAAAAAUGUCCUGGCAAAAUGUUAUGGUGGAGAUAUUACACGGAAAAUGAAGCUUUUGAAGAGACAAGCCGAAGGAAAGAAGAAACUGAGAAAAAUUGGGAAUGUGGAAGUGCCCAGAGAUGCAUUCAUCACUGUUCUAAAGAGACAGCCUGACAAGUAGUUUGAAAAUCUGUAUUACCUAUAGCUACUUUGGAGUAAACUAGCAGAAUGGACUACAGUGGCUGGUGCUGACUGCAAUCUGAGCAGGUCUCGAAUUUUGUAUGCGAGUGUAAAUAGAUCAGUGUUACCAGUGUGUUCUUAAAUUGGAACUGACUGUAUAAUUAAACUUGAUUUUGGGGAU